CCUCUGGGCGGAAGGAUACGGGGCGGGGCCUGCGGCGCGGUCCGCCGGGGCGCUGAGUCCUGUUGCCGGGUGACGGAGCGGCCGGCCCCCUCCCUCCCCGUGGCGCUGGGAGCCGCCGCCGCCGCCGGUUUACGUAACGCCUCCCAGGGCAGGUCCCGGCUCCGUCCCGCCCGCCUCACUCGGGGACGGCAGCAGCGGGACGGAGUCCGCCGCCGCCUCCGGCUGCCAGAGGCCCCAGGGCCCCGCUCUGCGCCGCCACGGCAGGUCCUGCUGGGGACUUGCAUCUGGCCUCAAUGUGAAAUUAAGGUAGAAAAACACAUCUACAUAUGUGUUUGCUAUUAAGAUUUAGUUUAUUCACUGGUCAUGCCUGAAGAGUGAUGUUCGUCUCUAGACGGCUAACUGCCAGGAAAUAUAAAUGAUUGUCCUAGAAGUCAAGCCUCCCUCCUAUUUACUGGAGUGAAAAUCACCUCCAGAUAUCGACGGAAUAUCAGCUACAGAAAAUGCUUCACGUUAUAAGGAUGCCAACCACCUAGAUUCAUGCGCCCUAUCUGUACAGUUGUUGUGGAUGGUUUGCCAUCUGAAAGCUCCUCAAGCUCUUAUCCAGGCCCUGUAUCUGUUUCUGAAAUGUCUCUGCUACAUGCUUUGGGCCCAGUGCAGACCUGGCUGGGACAAGAGCUAGAGAAGUGUGGCAUUGAUGCCAUGAUUUAUACUCGGUAUGUCCUCAGUCUUCUGCUGCAUGAUAGCUAUGACUACGACCUGCAGGAACAGGAGAAUGACAUCUUCCUGGGCUGGGAAAAGGGAGCUUACAAAAAAUGGGGAAAGAGUAAGAAAAAGUGCUCUGAUCUAACACUAGAGGAAAUGAAAAAACAGGCUGCUGUCCAGUGUCUUCGCUCUGCUUCUGAUGAAAGCUCUGGGAUUGAAACUUUAGUGGAGGAGCUUUGCUCCAGAUUGAAAGACCUUCAGAGUAAGCAAGAGGAGAAGAUUCACAAAAAGUUAGAAGGCUCGUUGUCUCCUGAGACUGAUUUAUCUCCCACAGCAAAGGAUCAAGUAGAAAUGUACUAUGAAGCAUUUCCUCCUCUUUCUGAAAAGCCAGUUUGCCUGCAGGAAAUUAUGACUGUAUGGAAUAAAUCCAAAGUAUGCUCUUACUCUAGCUCCUCAUCUUCAUCCACUGCUCCACCAACUAGCACAGAUACAUCUUCUCCAAAGGACUGCAAUAGUGAAAGUGAAGUAACUAGAGAGAGAAGUAAUAAAGUAUCUGCCACUGUACAUGAAAGAACCCAGCAGAAGAAAAGUAAAAAUGAAAAAGAAAACAAGUAUAGUAACAACACUGUUGAAGAUAAGCCUGUUUUAUACAAAAAGCAAGUCCGACAUAAGUCUGAGGGAAAGAUGCGUCCUCGCUCCUGGUCAUCUGGUUCCAGUGAGGCUGGUUCAAGUUCUAGUGGUAAUCAAGGUGAAUACAAGGCAUCAAUGAAAUGUAUUAAAGUAAGACACAAAACAAGAGAGGUUCGAAAUAAAAAAGGGCGUAAUGGGCAAAGCAGGCUUUCAGUGAAGUCUGGUGAAAAGGCUGAUAGAAAAAUCCACAGUGGAAGCAGCAGCAGCAGCAGCAGCAGUGGGUCCAUCAAACAGCUGUGCAAAAGAGGUAAAAGGCCAUUAAAAGAAAUUGGAAGAAAAGAAGCAGGAGGUAACGAUGGAAAAGAUCUAUAUUUAGACAGCAGAAAUGAAAAGGAAUACAAAGAAGAACCCUUGUGGUAUACUGAGCCGAUUACAGAGUACUUCGUUCCUCUUAGCAGAAAAAGCAAGCUGGAGACUACAUACCGCAAUAGAGAAGAUAUAUGUGAUGUAACAUCAGAGGCUGUAGAAGAGUUGUCUGAAUCAGUGCAUGGUCUUUGUAUUAGCAACAAUAAUAUUCAUAAAACAUACCUCGCAGCAGGUACUUUCAUCGAUGGUCACUUUGUAGAAAUGCCUGCAGUUCUAAAUGAGGAUAUUGACCUCGCUGGGACCUCAAUAUGUUCUCAACCAGAGGACGACAAAUAUUUAGAUGAUGUUCAUCUAUCAGAACUAACACACUUCUAUGAAGUAGAUAUUGAUCAAUCCAUGUUGGAUCCUGGUGCCUCAGAUACGAUGCAAGGGGAGAGUCGGAUUUUAAAUAUGAUUCGACAAAAGAGUAAAGAAAAAAAUGAUUUUGAGGCAGAAUGUUGCAUAGUGUUAGAUGGAAUGGAGUUGCAAGGGGAAAGUGCAAUAUGGACAGAUUCAACCAGCUCUGUUGGUGCUGAAGGGUGGUUCUUGCAAGACCUUAGUAAUUUAGCUCAAUUUUGGGAGUGCUGUUCAUCUUCUAGUUCUGGUGAUGCAGAUGGGGAAAGUUUUGGAGGGGAUUCUCCUAUUAGAUUCUCCCCCGUCUUAGACAGCACAAUGCUUAAUUCACACAUGCUUGCUGGCAAUCAAGAGCUCUUUUCAGAUAUUAAUGAAGGGUCUGGUAUAAACUCUUGUUUUUCAGUGUUUGAAGUGCAAUGCAGUAACUCUGUUUUACCAUUUUCUUUUGAAACACUCAAUUUGGGAAAUGAAAAUGCAGAUUCUAGUAGCACUGCUAAUAUUCUUGGGAAAACACAGUCUAGAUUGCUAAUAUGGACCAAAAAUAGUGCCUUUGAUGAAAAUGAACACUGUUCCAAUCUUUCAACGAGAACCUGUAGUCCAUGGUCACACUCGGAAGAAACACGUUCAGACAAUGAGACUUUAAAUAUUCCAUAUGAAGAAUCCACGCAAUUUAAUGCAGAAGAUAUUAAUUAUGUAGUUCCUAGAGUGUCUUCAAGUUAUGUAGAUGAAGAAAUUCUAGAUUUUUUGCCAGAAGAAGCCUGCCAGCAACAAGCUAGAACUUUAGGAGAAAUGCCCACUUUGAUUUUCAAAAAAAAAUCUAAACUAGAAUCUGUCUGUGGUAUUCAGCUAGAACAAAAAGCAGAAAGUAAAGACUAUGAAACUACACAAGGGUGUAGUGAAAGCAGUCCACAUGGAGAAGGCUACAGCUCAGGGGUUAUUAAAGAUAUCUGGACAAAUAUGACAGACAGAAAUUCUGCAGCAGUGGUAGAAAUAGAAGGAAUAGAAGAUGAAUUGUUUUCAACUGAUGUAAAUAAUUAUUGCUGCUGUUUGGAUACAGAAGCAAAAGGUGAAACCCUCCAGGAGCCCAAUAAAGCAGUGCAAAGAUCAGAGUAUCAUCUUUGGGAAGGUCAAAAGGAGAAUUUAGAGAAGAGAGCCUUUGUUUCAAAUGAUUUAUCAAAAGUAGAUGGUGGUGACUAUACUACACCAUCAAAACCUUGGGAUGUUAACCAGGAAAAAGAAAACUCAUUUAUACUUGGCGGUGUGUAUGGGGAGCUCAAAACAUUUAACAGUGAUGGAGAAUGGGCGGUGGUGCCACCUGGUCACUCAAAAGGGAGCUUAUUACAAUGUGCAGCUUCUGAUGUAGUGACAAUAGCUGGUACGGAUGUCUUUAUGACUCCAGGUAACAGCUUUGCCCCUGGUCACAGGCAAUUGUGGAGGCCGUUUGUAUCAUUUGAACAGAAUGAGCAGUCAAAGAGUGGAGAUAACGGAUUAAAUAAAGGUUUUUCUUUUAUCUUCCAUGAAGACUUACUGGGAGCUUGUGGUAACUUUCAAGUUGAAGAACCAGGGCUUGAAUACUCAUUCUCUUCCUUUGACCUGAACAAUCCAUUUUCACAAGUUCUUCAUGUAGAGUGUUCAUUUGAGCCAGAAGGAAUUGCAUCUUUCAGCCCUAGUUUUAAACCUAAGUCAAUUCUGUGCUCUGAUUCAGACAGUGAGGUUUUACACCCCAGAAUAUGUGGUGUUGAUCGAACGCAGUACAGGGCUAUACGAAUUUCUCCAAGGACUCACUUUCGCCCAAUUUCUGCAUCUGAACUUUCCCCAGGUGGUGGAAGUGAGUCAGAAUUUGAGUCAGAAAAAGAUGAGGGAAGUAUUGCUGUCCCUUCUCAAGUAGAUGUGUUUGAGGAUCCACAAGCAGAUCUCAAACCUCUGGAAGAAGAUGCAGAAAAAGAAGGGCAUUAUUAUGGAAAAUCAGAGCUUGAAUCUGGAAAAUUCCUUCCCAGAUUAAAAAAGUCUGGAAUGGAGAAGAGUGCGCAGACGUCAUUGGAUUCCCAAGAAGAAUCGGCUGGGAUGUUGCCAGUAGGAAACCAAGAUCCAUGUUUAGAGUGUAGUAUGAAAGAAUCUCUAGAUGGGAGGGCGAUGGAGAGCUCCAAAGUAAACUGCAGAAUAGUGGAGCCACGUGAGGAAACUAACAAGUUUUGCGGUUGUAAAGCAGGGUGCCAUUUCCCUACGUAUGAGGAUACUCCUGUUUCUUCAGGAGAACUUGAACAGCCUCAUCUUCCAUGUACUCAGCAGUUGUAACAUCUCCGCUAGGAGGGAAUUUUCUGCAUUUUCAACUGAAAAGUUGCAACCAGCUUGUGUUGUACUCCUUGUAUACUCCUUAAUUGUAACAUUGGAAAACUAAUUCAUUUAUGGGAAAGCUAACAUUUUUCUUGCUAAAACUGAAGUUAAACUUCCUGUUGAACAAAAUCAAAAUUCCUUGUUUUCUUUCUUCCUAAUCUGUUUCUCCUCCCUGCUCCUUCAAAUUAAUUACUAUUGUUGCUUCUCUUCCCCAAUGCUGGUCAGUUCAUGUCUGCUGCUUGUACAAGAGAAUCAAAUCUAUGGCUUUUCCAGGCCAUUUCUAGAGAUCUUGGUUCCUGCUGCUCUGCGAAGUUAAUAGAGAUGAAGUGUCUCCACAAAUUUUUUGGGAAGUCUGAGAAGUUACUGUGUUUGUCCCAGGCCUUGCAAAAAGAGCCACCAAAAUUUUAAUAAACUUAAGCUGUAGGUCAGAGGAGAUGCUGGAAUUACAGUCUGCUAAGAGUAAAGUGGAAUCUUAACUUCAUUGUACAAUAGGACAAAAUGAAUGAACAAAUGGUAUAGUACAAUUGUCUAUGAUAGCAAGAGACUAGGUUCCUUCCAGCCUCUUUCCAGAUCUCCUUUCUGGAUCCUUAGAUAAGCAUCCUCAUGGAGCACUAAAUUGAUCUAGAGAUAAAGAGAAAAGAGGUUUAACUUGAGCAGAGGUUAUGGAAUUAAUUGAUUCAUUGUCUAGACCAAUAUUUUUCUAAUUUUUUUAAUGAAAACUUCAUGCUUUCUUUUAUUGACUUUAGACAAAAUUUAAGCAUAUUGUAUUACCUCACUGUUGAUCCAACAUAGUAUUCUAGUCAUAUUCUGUGAUAUGGGCACCUCCAAUGUUUUUACAUAAAUAAUGGACUUGAAAAUACUACAGUAUAAUAGGAAAUCAUUCUCUUUUGUAUCAUGUAAACUAUAAUUAAUGUGCAGACUGUGCAAACAUGUAUCUGUGAAUACCUGCUAUUUAUAAGAAUGUAAGAGAAACUGUUUCAGUUCCUUCCCUUUUACCUUCCUCAUUGGUGCACUUCUUUUAGGAUUAUAAUAUAUUUUGAAGUACGAAUCUGACAAUAGCUCCUGCAGAAGCUCAUCAAAAUUGAACAGAUAUUUAGAUAUCUAACCGUAAGAUUUUAGAAAAGUUUAAAAAUAAAAAACAAAAAACUGAACUACAGAUCCCCUUCCUUUCAAGUAAAUGUCCCUUUUACCACUUGGCUGUGGAGUUGUAGGUAAAUAUACAUGAACUUUCUGGUCCGGUUAAUGGUCUCUGAAUGUAGUAUUGCUGCAACUAUCAACAGAUCUGUAUUAUAUAGACUCUGAUCUAGUAGAUGUGCCCUAAAAAUGCUUAUACUAUUGAGUUCUUGACAUAAAUAAAUGAAUAUCUAACUUGUAGGUUCUGUUGGGACUGGUGCCAACCUUCUCAGGACUGGACAUACCUAGAGCAAUGCCUUUGGGGACUAGGGAAUUUGACUGGCAGAACAUAAAUGUUUAUGGAUCUUGUGAAUUAAUUGGCUUAUUAGAUUUGAUAAGGUACUUCACUUGACUGGAAUAAUACAUUGCAAGUAUAUAGCUUGUGUAGGAAGACUGGCAAGAGGGGAAGGGAAGGGGGGUGCCUUACAUGUGAAGGCUAUAUACACUGGUUCUGAGGUCUGUAACACAGGAAGUAACCUGCUGUAAACCUCUUUGAGCAGUAAAAAGAGAGAGACAAAAUGCAGAAGGUCUGCUUUAGGUCAUAAAACCAGAAGAAUCAAGUGGAAAAAAACAUUUAAGAGCACUUAGCAGAACCAUCCAUGUACAAAGCAAAGGACAUUGGGGUUAAAACAGAUGGUAACUGCUGGGACAUCUGAGAAGGAUUUGCUUCAGAUCGUUCUUGUUAUUUGUGGAUCAUGACAGAUGAUGAAAGCAGCUACAAGUCUCUCAGCUCUAACUUCCUAAUUAAUAAGAUGUAAUUUGCUGAGAUUUUUGAAAGCUUCCUGUAUGAAAGAGACCUUAAAAUGAUGGAGUUCACAAUGACAGCAUAAAAACUGAGGAGAAAAAACAAGGUAUAAAGCAAGACAAUAAGGUGAAUACUUGGUAUAACUAGAAGUCCUACAAAAAAUCAGAAACUGAAAGAAGACUAAAGAAGGAUUUUCUGGGAGACAGAACAAGCAAGCAUGGGAAGCUAUGAAAAGAUAAGUUAUUUUAAGCGUUUUUUCCACUUGUUUCAAUUCUUGUUGAAAAGACAACUAACUGAGCAAGGGAGAAAUACAGAUAAAUUAUACAGCUAGUUACAGGAAUAUUCAGCUGAAUAUCAUGAGGAGCAGCUGAUUUGAACACAACCGAGGAGAACACUUUUUUGAAAACAUACAGAAGACAACCUUUAAAAAAGGAAAACACAUUUCUCUCUUUUAAGAGGAAAAGGAAAGUAAGGUAUUAUCUCUCUUAAAGUUUCUAAACAAAUAUUUUCACUAGGAUAAACCAGAAAGUGAAAAAGUUACAAAGUUUCGGGUUGAGAAGAAGAGAUUGCACACUCAAGAUAACUGUCAAUGGCUUUCUGUCAAAAUGGAAGUAUUACAGGAGAGCAAGGGAGAUCAUUAAUUAUCUGGUCUGGGAAGUAAAAGGGGAGGAGGUGGGGGGGAAAAGCAUAUUAGUAAAAAUUUGUGAUGAUACCAAACUGGGAAAGUCUGCAGUUACACUGAAAGACAGGAUUAGCAUCAAAAGGUUCUUAAACUAGAAAAAUGGUCUGAAAAAUAAAAUGUAAUUCAGCAGGGACAAAUACAAACUUCUAAAGAAAAAUAAUCCUCUACACAAACACAGUAUAAGGAGUGACAGGCUAGGAAAUCAUGUGAAACAGAAAAUCAUCUUCAAGUAGAUCAUAAGCUGAGCAUAAAUCAGCAAUGACACACUUUGCAAAAGAAGGCAACCUUGUGAUAUAUAAAAAUGUCCUGCUGGAAGAAGUGAAGUAAUCGCUCCUCUGUACUUGGAACUGGUAAGUCCUCUGCUGGAGUACGCUGUUCGGUUUUGAUUAUCUUGUUUCAAGAAAGAUGUCCUGAAGAGAGCAACCCAAAGACUGGGCAUCACUGCUUUUGAAAACAGAUGGAAGGAACUAAGGUGGUUGUAUCUCAAAAAGAAGAAACUGAAGAAGAAACCAGUAGUAUUGCAGAAGCCACUUACUGUGUUAUAGGAGAUGAACAAAAGGCUGUGCUUGUUCUGUAAGCUCUGCUAUGUGCAAUGGAUGUGAUGACCUUAAACCACAGCGAGGAAAAGAAUUCUAACAAAAUCAAUUUACUGUAAGGCUUAAAUAUUUUUAGGGAAGCAGUGGAAAUUCUAUCUUGGAGAGAUUCAGUGUUGGGAGGCGUCUGUUAAGAUUGGAGCUUUGUAGUUGAUUCUGUCUUUGUGCAAGAGUAGACUAGAUAACCUCCCAGGCUCCCUUACAUAUGUGUUUUCUGUGAAAUUCCACAAUUAAGUGACUGCCAGAUGAGUUUUAAAAAUACAAAGUUUUGACUUGG